GGCACAUGCCUGUAAUCCUAGCUACUGAGGAGGCUAGGGCAAGAAGAUCUCUUGAGCUCAGGAGUUCAAGGCCAGCCUAGGUGACAUAGCGAGAUCUCCAUUUCAAAGAGAAUAAGAAAGAAAUGCUAAAGGGAGUCCUUUAUGAUGACAUAAAAGGGUAUUAACAGUUACCCAAAGCCAUAAGAGGAAAUAAAGAACACUGGUAAAGGUUACUACACAAGUAAAUAUAUAAACCAGUAUUAUAUUUUUGGUUUAUAACACCUCUUUUACUUCUUAUAUCAUUUAAAAGGCAAAUGCAUAUAACAAUAAUUAUGUCUGUGGUAAUGGGCACACACAUAUAAAGAUGUAACUUGUGGCAAUAACAAUAGAAAGGAGGAGGAUUGGAGAUGCAUACGAGCAGUGUUUGUAUACUAUUGAAAUUAAAUUGGUAUUAUUCAAACUAGGUCUUUAUAAGUUUAAGGUGUUAAUUGUAAUCCCCAAAGUAACCACUAAGAAAAUUUAAAAAUACACAGGAAAGAAGGGAAUCAAAAUGAUGCACAAAACAAACAAACAAACAAAAAAAACCCUAAAUUUUAAAAAGGCAAUAAUGGGCCGGGCAUGGUGGCUCAUGCCUGUAAUCCCAGCACUUUGGGAGGCUGAGGUGGGUGGAUCACCUGAGUUCAGGAGUUCAAGACCAGCCUGGCCAACAUGAGGAAACCCCAUCUCUACUAAAGAUAUAAAAAUUAGCCGGGCGUGGUGGCGCGCACCUAUGGUCCCAGCUACUUGGGAGGCUGAGGCAGGAGAAUCACUUGAACCUGGGAGACGGAGGUUGCAGUGAGCCGAGACCACACCACUGCACUCCAGCCUGGGCAACAGAGCGAGACUCUGUCUCAAAAAAAUAAAUAAAUAAAAUAAAUAAGUGAAAAAAAAUAAACAGGCAAUAAUGGAAGAAUUUUUAUUUUUGAGACAGAGUCUCGCUCUGUCUCCAGGCUGGAGUGCAGUGGCACGAUCUCAGCUCACUGCAACCUCCGUCUCUCGGGUUCAGGCAAUUCUCCUGCCUCAGCCUCCCGAGUAGCUGGGACUACAGGUGCAUGCCACCACGCCCAGCUUAUUUUUGUAUUUUUAGUAGAGACAGGGUUUCAUCUUCUUGGCCACGAUGGAUUCAAUCUCUUGACCUCAUGAUCCACCCGCCUCAGCCUCCCAAAGUGCUGGGAUUACAGGUGUGAGCCACUGCGCCCGGCCUAAUGGAAGAAUUAAAGAACAAAAGACAAGGCAUAUAGAAGACAUAUAACAGCCAGGCAUGGUGGCUCAGCCUGUAAUCCCAGCACUUUGGGAGGCCGAGGCGGGCGGAUCACGAGGUCAGGAGUUCGAGACCAGCCUGGCCAACAUGGUGAAACCUUGUCUCUACUAAAAAUACAAAAAUUAGCUGGGCAUGGUGGUGGGCACCUGUAAUCCCAGCUACUCGGGAGCGUGAGGCAGGAGAAUGGUUUGAACCCAGGAGGCGGAGAUUGCAGUGAGCCAAGAUUGCACCAUUAUACUUCAGCCUGGACAACAGGGCAAGACUCUGUCUCAAAAAAAAAAAAAAAAAAGAAAUACAACAAAAUGGCAGAAGUAAAUCCUUCUUUAUCGAAAUUGCAUUAAAUGUCAAUGGAUUACAUUUUUCACUAUUUUAUUUUUAUGUAUUUCUUCAUUUAGAAACAGGGUCUCACUCUCUUGCCCAGUCUGGAGUGCAGUGAUGGAAUCUCAGCUCACUGCAACUUCUGCCUCCUGGGCUCAAGCAGUCCUUCCGCCUCUGUCUCUGGAGUAGCUUGGACGGCAGGCAUGCACCACCAUACCCAGCUAAAUUUUUCUCUUUAAAGGCAGAGAUUGGCAGAUUGGGGGGAAAAAAAACAAAAAAAAAAUAUGCUGUAUUAAAGAGAUUCACUUCACUUUAAAUAUAAGGACACAAAGAGGUUGAAAGUAAAAGAAUGGGAAAGGAGGUAUGUGAUGGUUAAUAGGGAGUGUCAACUUGAUUGGAUUGAAGGAUGCAAAGUAUUGAUCCUGGGUGUGUCUGUGAGGGUGUUACCGAAAGAGAUUAACAUUUGAGUGAGUGGGCUGGGAAAGGCAGACCCACCCUCAAUCUGCGGGGGUGCACCAUCUAAUCAGCUGCCAGCAUGGCUAGAAUAUAAAGCGAGCAGAAAAACAUGGAAAGACCAGACUGGCCUAGCCUCCCAGCCCACAUCUUUCUCCUGUGCUGGAUCUCUCAAACAUCAGACUCCCAAGUUCUUCAGUUCUGGGACUCAGACUUGCUUUCCUUGCUCUUCAGCUUGGGGAUGACCUAUUGUGGGACCUUGUGAUCGUGUGAGUUAAUACUUAACUCCCCUUUAGAGGGACAGAACUAAUCUAGAGAACCCUAAUAUAAUAUACCAUGCAGAUAAUAACCAAAAGAGAUCUAGGGUGACUAUAUUAUUAUUGGCAGACAGUAUACACUUUAAGUUUUGAAAAAAAGGUUAUGAGAUAAGGGCAUUAUAUAUUGAUAAAAGUUUCAAUCCAGCAGGAAGAUAUAAUAAUGAUAAACACAUACAUAUAUCUAACAAUGGAUUUCCACAAUAUAUGAAGCAAAAUCUGACAGAAUUUAAGAGAGAGACAAUUUUACAAUAAUGAAGACUUGAAUACCCCACUUUCAAUAAUGGAUAGGACAAUCAGAUAGAAGAGUAAUAAGGAAAUCGAGCACCUGAGCAACCCUAUAAUCCAGUUAGAGGUAACAGACACGGAGCACAGAACAGCAGAAUACAAAUUCUUCUCGAGUGCACAUUGAAUAGACCAUAUGUUAGGACACAAAGAAGUCUUAAUUUUUCUUUUUUAAAGCUUAGGGGUGGGUGAGGGUGGGGAGCUCACCCUGAAGUACAAAGCUAAAUAUUUCACUUUCCACAUCUGGUCUAGGAUCUGGGUUAAGCAGGGUCUAGUGCAGUCUCUCUGGGCCCAGUAUGGUUUAGAGAAAUAGCAGAGGCAUGAUCCUAAGAAGCAGUUUAUUUCUUUGGCAGAGAAGGAGAGAGCCAUUUGGGUAGCAGAGCUCAGAGGGAUUUCCUCUGCUCUCUCCCAAGACCUCCCUUUUAUCACCAUUAAGAACUUGGUACAAAGAGUUGGUCCAGGAAAAUUCAGCUCAUUCAAUAAUGACUUUUAAAAAAGGAAACUGGCACAGCAGAUAAUUUAAGUAAAACAGUGGACGAGAGCAGCAGAAUUUAAUGACUGGAGAGCACUUAGUGGAAUAGUGCUGCCAUAGAACUGAUGACAAUUGUGACUAAAUUUCCUGCCACUCAAAAAAUUAAACAAUAGCUUUACCAUAAAGCACAAAUUUAAGAACUCAUUGAAAAGAUAAGACAAGAAAAGGAGUUCAGUUGCAUUAUGCAUUAGACAUGUACAUUCAGAAUCAGAAAAUAGAAGUAAAAUUUAAAUAUAUCAUGGAAAGGAAGACAGAUUUGGAAGGCAACAAGAUAGAAUUUAUACUGAACACAGUAAUGGAUGUAGUGGAUAGAAAUGAGAAAAGUAAACAAAUAGUUAAAAAGAAUUGGAGACCUUGCCUGCGCCCGCCUGGAGCCAGCGGUUCUCCAAGCACCCAGCAUCCUGCGAGAUGCGCCGCGCACCGAUGGAGGGGACAUGGGCAGAGCAAUGGUGGCUAGGCUCGGGCUAGGGCUGCUGCUGCUGGCACUGCUCCUACCCACGCAGAUUUAUUCCAAUGAAACAACUCCUGGAACAACUUCAAGUAACUCCUCCCAGAAUACUUCCAACUUUGGGAUUGCCCCAAAUCCAACUAAUGCCACCACCAAGGUGGCUGGUGGUACCCUGCAGUCAACAGCCAGUCUCUUCAUGGUCUCACUCUCUCUUCUACAUCUCUACUGUUAAGAGACUCAUGCCAAGAAACAUCUUCUAAACUUCCCCAUCUUCUAAACCCAAUUCAAAUGGCGUCUGGAAGUCCAAUGUGGCAAGGAAAAACGGGUCUUCAUCGAGUCUACUAAUUCCACACCUUUUAUUGACACAGAAAAUGUUGAGAAUCCCAAAUUUGAUUGAUUUGAAGAACAUGUGAGAGGUUUGACUAGAUGAUGGAUGCCAAUAUUAAAUCUGCUGGAGUUUCAUGUACAAGAUGAAGAAGAGGCAACAUCCAAAAUAGUUAAGACAUGAUUUCCUUGAAUGUGGCUUGAGAAAUAUGGACACUUAAUACUACCUUGAAAAUAAGAAUAGAAAUAAAGGAUGUGAUUGUGGAAUGGAGAUUCAGUUUUCAUUUGGUUUAUUAAUUCUAUAAGGCCAUAAAACAGGUAAUAUAAAAAGCUUCCAUGAUUGUAUUUAUAAGUACAUGAGAAGGAACUUCCAGGUGUUACUGUAAUUCCUCAACAUAUUGUUUCGACAGCACUAAUUUAAUGCCAAUAUGCUCUAGAUGAAGUUUUACAUUGUUGAGCUAUUGCUGUUCUCUUGGGAACUGAAUUCACUUUCCUCUUGAGGCUUUGGAUUUGACAUUGCAUUUGACCUUUUAUGUAGUAAUUGACAUGUGCCAGGGCAAUAAUGAAUGAGGAUCUAUCCCCAGAUCCAAGCAUCCUGAGCAACUCUUGAUUAUCCAUAUAGAGUCAAAUGGUAGGCAUUUCCUAUCACCUAUUUCCAUUCAACAAGAGCACUACAUUCAUUUAGCUAAACGGAUUCCAAAGAGUAGAAUUGCAUUGACUGCAACUAAUUUCAAAAUGCUUUUUAUUAUUAUUUUUUAGACAGUAUCACUUUGUCACCCUCGCUGGAGUGCAGUGGUGCAAUCUCAGCUCAGUGCACCCUUUGCCUCCCGGGCUCAAGCGAUUCUCCUGCUUCAGCCUCCCAAGUAGCUGGGAUUACAGGUACCCGCCACCAUGCCCAGCUAAUUUUUGUAAUUUUAGUAGAGACAGGGUUUCACCAUGUUGCCCAGGCUGGUUUCGAACUCCUGACCUCAGGAGAUCCACCUGCCUCAGCCUCCCAAAGUGCUGGGAUUACAGGCUUGAGCCCCCGCGCUCAGCCAUCAAAAUGCUUUUUAUUUCUGCAUAUGUUGAGUACUUUUUACAAUUUAAAAAAAAGAUCUGUUUUGAAGGCAAAAUUAUAAAUCUUGAAAUUAAGAAGGCAAAAAUGUAAAGGAGUCAAAACUAUAAAUCAAGUAUUUGGGAAGUGAAGACUGGAAGCUAAUUUGCAUUAAAUUCACAAAAACUUUUAUACUCUUUCUGUAUAUACAUUUUUUUUCUUUAAAAAACAACUAUGGAUCAGAAUAGCCACAUUUGGAACACUUUUUGUUAUCAGUCAAUAUUUUUAGGUAGUUAGAAUCUGGUCCUAAGCCUAAAAGUGGGCUUGAUUCUGCAGUAAAUCUUUUACAACUGCAUCGACACACAGAAACCUUUUUAAAAAUAGACACUCCCUGAAGUCUUUUGUUCACAUGGUCACACACUGAUGCUUAGAUGUUCCAGUAAUCUAAUAUGGCCACAGUAGUCUUGAUGACCAAAGUCAUUUUUUUCCAUCUUUAGGAAACUACAUGGGAACAAACAGAUUGAACAGUUCUGAAGCUACUAUGUGUGUGAAUGAACACUCUUUCGCUUUAUUCCAGAAUGCUGUACAUCUAUUUUGGAUUGUAUAUUGUGUUUGUAUAUUUACACUUUGAUUCAUAGUAACUUCUUAUGUUAUGGAAUUGAUUUGCAUUGAACACAAACUGUAAAUAAAAAGAAAUGACUGAAAGAGCAAAAAAAAAAUUAAAAAAAAUAAAAAGAAUUGGAGAGAAAGUGAGAUAGAAAACAGAUAAAGGUGUUUCAACAUAGACAGUUUAGAGUGUCUGAUUUUAAAAAGCUAAAAUAGUGGAACAGAGUAGAUAUUUAGAGAUAUAAUUCAAGAAAACUUUCCAGGAAUAACAGAAGAUUUAAAUUUGCAUAUUGAAAGAACAUACCAGGCAAAAAUGACCCAGAAUGGUUAACAAUGAGAUAUAUCUUAGUAAAGUAAUUGGCCUUUAAAGAGAAAGAAAGAAUUCUGUGGGCGGCCAUACAAAAAUACCUAGUCACUUACAAGGGCGAAAAUAACAAGUUUGCCUCAGAUUUUGCAAGUUUUUCAAUGCCAGAGAUAAUGAACCAGUACCUUCAAAGAAAUUCAAGAAAGGAAAAGGAGAACCAAGAAAGACAAAAGACUACUGAAAAAAAAAAUUGAACAUUCAAUAAUAUGAGUGAAAUAUAUUGCUGUGAGAUAAUUUUGUUUUCAUGAGCACUUAAGGAUACUACUAGAGGAUGAACACAAGCAAAUAGAUAACUGGGGAAAUUAAGAUAAAAGGACUUGCGUUACUGAGUAUAUUCAGUUUCUACAGCUAAGCCUAAAAUGAAAGUAGAGAUUAGAGUGAAAGGAAAAAAAUAUGCUCUGGUGACUAACAAUACUGGAAGAGGAAAGAGGAAAGAAGAUGGCAUAUAGAGUGACUUCCUCAUGUGCAAUAACUGGAAAUUAGAGGAUGGUAUCUCAAGCUGACAAAUCAGGUAGUAGAAAUAUAAGCAUAUUUAACAAAACAAAGAUAUUCUUGCAAACUGUAAAACUGUAGCAGUGCCCUUCAAUAGAGGACUGGUUAAAUAGAUUAUGAUUCAUCUGUAUGAUAGAAUACUUUACAGCCUUAUAAAAGAACGGGGAAGGUGUCUAUGCACUGCCAGGGAGAGUGAUCCACAAUAAAUUAAAAAGCAAGAUGCAGAACAGGUUGUAAAAUAUGCUACCAUUUAUGUAAAAUAAGUAGAAAAAUAAUAUAUGUUUCUAUAUAUUUAAUUUUUUAAAACUCAGGAAGGGCUGGGCACAGUGGCUCAUGCCUGUAAUCCCAGCAUUUUGGGGGGCCACGGCGGGCAGAUCACCUGAGGUUGGGAGUUCGAGACCAGCCUGACCAACAUGGAGAAACCCCCUCUCUACUAAAAAUACAAAAUUAGCUGGGUGUGGUGGCCCAUGCCUUUAAUCCUAGCUACUUGAGAGGCUGAGGCAGGAGAAUUGCUUGAACCAGGGAGGCGGAGGUUGCGGUGAGCCAAUAUCGCGCCAUUGCACUCCAGCCUCGGCAACAAGAAUGAAACUCCGUCUCAAAAAAAGAAAAAAAUCCUCAGGAAGGAUACAAUAGAAACUUUAAGAUAGAAGUUACCAUUUGGGGGUAGGGCUUGAGAGUGGUUAUAUGGGGGACACAUAGAGGGUUGAAUCAUUCACUGUUAUUUUCUUUCUUCCCUCUCUUCUUUUUGAAACGUGAAUGCAUUACAUAUUCAAAGA